GCACAAGGUGGAACCAACAUAUAGGCCUAUAUUCACCAGCAGCGGACGAACGUGGCAGCAAAUCACCAAUAACAGCUAAGUAAAUGCAAAUCCAUAGCCAUGGUGGUUGACGAUGUAGUCCCGUGCUCUCAGACCACACAUUGUACUUCACUUUAGCGAUGCUGGUUUUUCUUUCGGGAGGACAACGCACUCACUCAGACUUUGCUGCCUAGUGUGACAAGUGCGCACUGGAACUCGGUGUGCGCCGCUCGCUCAGAGGUUGCACGACGGCCAGGUGUGCCCGGUGUAUUUGCAUUGGAGUUUGACGCCUGUGGGAUUUCCUCAUGACUAUCAUUGCGGCGGCUGAAGAACCGUUGACCAUGAGUUUCUUUGAGAAGUUUAAAAAACACAGUGCCCCACCUGCUCCCCCAAAGCGUAUCGAGAACAACACUUCCUAUGGAUGGCCGGAUGAUGAAUUUGAUGAGGAUGGUGAUACGUACGAGGCUCCUCCAUGCGAGAGGCCGGCAGUCAAGGUGCCCACUCGGCCCCCAGAGGAGAACGUUUACCUUGAUGGGGGCUUCAGUGGCAGGUCGUCCAACCCCGUGGUGCCCAUGAGACAGGCUGCUCCACCCCCACGACCCACCAAGAGCAAAGCGGCCAAACCAAUGUCACCGCCUGCAGACCCUGAAGAUUUCUACGUCGACCCCAAUGUAAAACCUCCUGAGAUUGAUCGGAAAGAGAAGCCCGGGAAGAAGCCAGCCAUGCCCAGGCCAGCCAGACCUCCCCCCGUAGCCAGCCCACCAGAAGAAGACGAUGUGUACUUGGAUCCAAAUGAAGGACAGGGUGAUGGAGACGACUUGUACCUAGAGCCUGCAGCAGCGACGCCCCCACCUCCAAGAGAGCCUGCAUGGAAGCCCUCUCCACCCAAAGCAGCCGCGCCCCCACCCAGCAGACGAGAACCACCGCCCACCCUAAUGAAGCCUCCAGUUCCAAGAUCUAGCACUCUUCCCCACAUGGACAUUAGAGCAAUUCCUCCACCAGAGGUCCGGAGAUCGUCCUUCCCAAGCAAGAUGCCCCCACCCACACCUGUCAGCAAGCCCCCCCUGCCCAACGCACUCAAGGAGGCCAAGCCCUGUCCCCCUCCCCCUCCUAUGAUUGACAGUAUCGGCCAAGCCCCCUUACCGAGCCCACAAGGUGGUUCAGCAUCUGAGAAUGAGGAGAACAGGGAGUGGUUUGCUGGGAACUGUGAUCGCAAGACAGCAGAAGACCUACUGCACAGAAUAAGCAAGGAUGGGGCAUUCUUGGUGCGUCGGAGUUCGGCCCAAAACGCCCGGCAGCCGUACACGCUGGUGGUGCUAUACAGGCAGAAGGUCUACAACAUCCCCGUACGCUACAUAGAGGAGACCCAGGGAUACGCUCUGGGCAAGGAGGGCAAGAAGAACGACGAGGUUUUCUCGAGCCUUCAGGAGAUUAUUUUUCAUCAUCAGAAUAACCCUCUUCUCCUGAUCGACAGCAAGAGCCAGGCCAAGCACACAACCUACCUCACACAAGCAGCACGAAAAUAACACG